UUGAUACACAGUUUUAUUCAGGUCGCUUUCUCCUUUACAAACGAUCCGGAAGAUUUGGUGAAAGCGAGAAUAACUCAAGUAUUCGGUUAUGAUACGAGUAAAGAAUGUGUGAGCGGGCAUUUGAGCAUUUUUUCAUUCUCAGUGCUAGGCACUAUACUGCAUAUGACUCUUCCCGUAACUCCCGUCUACGUAGCUAUUUUGCUAUUGAGACGAGGCAUUGCAAUGAGGUUAAAGACGGAGAAGCGUAUGUCGGAACAUACCCGCCGUUUGCACCAGCAAUUACUCAAUGCGAUUACCUACCAAGCUUGCAUACCCAUUUUCUACUUUUUCGCAGUUUUAACAUUUUCGCUGGGGCAACUGGAGGUUUUACAUCAUCCCCUCCUAGAGUUUGCCACAUUUGCACUCGUUUGCUUCAUACCUGCAUUGAGUCCAAUGUCAUCGUUCUACUUUAUUCGACCAUAUCGAAUGUGGCUGUGUAGGAAGAUUGUUCGAAUGAGCCAAUCAGUUUCUUAUGUAAAUGAGCCAGAUGGCACCCAUGCCGGCCAUACGAAUGACAAUACCUAUGAGUCGCAUCGCAAACCGACUGCCGGACCUGCAACUAUUAAUUGUUCACAAUAG